AUGUCUACUGCCAUGGCACAGUUUGAAACCAAAGAAAACCCUGGCGAUCUCGAGUCUUCCCUCCAAGGAUCGACAAAAGAGGUUACUGAGACUCAGGUCACGCCUGUACUUGCGAAGAGCUUUAAUCUCCUGAGUGCUUGUGCAACUGGAAUCACUACCGGGAAUGCUUGGGCGGUCCUGGGAGGCGGAAUUAUUGCCUCACUCUACAAUGGUGGACCACCUGGAGUAAUAUACGAGUUCGCCACUGCCUCCUUUUUCUAUUGCUUCAUUGCCGCAUCAAUUGCCGAGCUCGCUUCUGCUAUUCCGGCAUCUGGAGGCGUUUAUCACUGGGCUACAAUAACCGCUGGUCCUCGUUAUGGCAGGUUGUGCGGCUGGUUUGCAGGGUGGUUGAAUGGCCUCGCAUGGACAUUCGCCGUAGCAGGGAACUGUUCCAUGACAGGAAGCAUGAUUGUCUAUUCAUACACGCUCUACCAUCCAGAGGUAAAACCGCAGCGCUGGCAUGUUUUUGUUUGCUAUUUGAUCAUCACCUGGCUAUGUUGUCUUACUGUGAUGUUCUGCCAACGGGCUCUCGCGGUCAUCAGCAGGAUCGGAUCGUUCUUCAUUAUUGUCGGUUUUGUCAUCUCAGUCUUAGUUUGUGCUAUUAUGCCAAGCAGGGAUGGAGCAGGAUAUGCAUCGAAUGAAUUCGUCUGGGCAGACUGGAACAACAUUACUGGUUACUCUGACGGAUUCACAUUCCUUGCAGGCAUGUUGAACGGGGCAUUUGCAAUCGGCGCCAUUGACUGCGUCACUCACAUUGCAGAAGAGAUUCCUGAUGCGAGACGGAAUAUCCCCAAAGCACUUGCUUGCCAAGUGACCAUCGGCUUCGCAACUGGUCUUUGCUAUCUGAUUUCCAUAUUCUAUGCUGUCACCGACCUAUCCCUCAUUGUGAACGCCGAUUCUAUCUCUCCUCUCGGUGAUAUCUAUUUGCAAGCAACCGGUUCCCGAGCAGGUGCAGUGGGGCUUCUUACACUCACGAUCGUACCCAUCUUCAUUGCAACGAUUGGAUGCUAUAUUACCGCAGGAAGGACAUUCUAUGUCCUGGGUCGCGAUAACGCGACGCCAUUUUCCAAACAUAUCGGGGCUAUAAGCCCGAAAUGGCAUAGCCCACUGUAUGCAACUUUGGCAUGCGGAGUGUUUCUGACAUGUAUCGGAGCAAUUUAUGUGGGAUCCUAUACUGCCUUCUCGGCCUUUAUCGGUUCGUUUGUGCUGCUGACGACAGUCUCAUACUUCCUCGCGAUAUUUCCACAUUUGAUAACUGGACGCAAGAACAUCCGCCCUGGUCCAUUUUGGAUGGGGAAAAUUGGCCCUGUUGUCAAUUCUGUCGCAUGCAUGUACAUUGCUGUCUCUUUUGUGAUUUACUGCUUCCCUUAUACCCUGCCAACAUCCCCGGAAGAUAUGAACUAUACCAGUGUGAUCACAUGUGGAUUGACGUUGUUAGUGGCGCUGUGGUGGAUAUUGCACGGAAAAGGGAACUAUACAGGACCGCAAGCGGAGUUGCACUGA